AUGAAUUUAGAAUUUUUGUUUUGCCAUGCAGGCAAGAUAGGUGUGUUGACUCAUUAUGAAACUCUACACACUAAAGACAUUUUACAUGGUUUCCACAAGAGAGAUGCCAGCACACAAGAAAAAGUUGUUUCUUUUACCACUUUAGGAAGGUAAGUAAAAGAUCUUAGAUGAGUCAUAGUUGUAGCCUGUGUACAGACGUCCCCCUUCCUCAGAAAAAAUCGGGAGAAGAGACGUCUGUAAAUCGCCGUUGUUAAUCGUGUUUCCAUUUCCCUGGAAUGUUGGGGAAAGCUUCUGAUUGGUUGUAAUGUUAAUGCUUAUGACGGAAAUAAUUUCUGGUGUUGUGAUUGGUGAUUAAAUCUUAGAAUAGAUUCCCCGGGGAAAACCUAAGCCGCUGUGGACAGCUUGCUGCAUUUCUAUUUGUUUUUACUUGUGUUUCGGCUCUCUGGAAUAGGCAUGUCAAGUUAACAGACCACGGAUGUUUGCUGGACUGGUUGCGGGUGCGUCUGUUCUCUGCAGAUGGAUAUUGUAAAUAAAAGAGAAGGAUGCACAGAAUUCAUCAAUCAGAGAUCUUAUCUGGAUUGUAGUGUGGAUAUUGUGUGAAAAUGUUCGGCUAUCCUGUUACAGACGCCCCCUAGCGUCUUUACAAGGCUCGACAUUCAGUCUACAUGUGCCGGUCAUGACUAGAAGAAUUAGGCAAAAGUAGAGCUAUAAUUUCUAUUAUAAUUCCUUGCUGAAGAAAAGUGAACGAUCCUUUAUGUGAAACCUACCGGAACUCGAAAUCUGGAUUAACUCCUGCACAAAACGCUUGACUAGAAAUGUAGACAGUGCUUCCGAGAUCAAAAUUCUGUCAAACCAAUGUUUUUUUUCCAUGAAUUGAUGAUAAUAUAAUAAUAAUAAUAAUAAUAAUAAUAAUAAUAAUAAUAAUAAUAAUAAUAAUAAUAAUAAUAAUAAUAAUAUUUAAUAUUUAUAUAGCACAAAUUAUCAUACAGGAGGAAUUAUGAUCAAAUGCGCUUUACAUACUAAAAUUUAAUCCAAAUUUACUAUUGUUACCUAUUUACAAUUUGAAUUUACAAUAAAAUGCGAAUGUAUAUACUAUAUGAAACACUUAAAAGAAAUAAUAAAUUAAACGCAUCUCUAAAAUAGUGAGUUUUAAGCAAUGACUCAAAGGUGUUAAAAUUUUCCUGUGACUGUAAUGUGAUUGUGGGAGACUGUUCCAAAUCUUGGAGGAUUCAUUGGAAAAGGCUUGAUCGCCAAGCAUUUUUUCCGAUCGUCGUGAAUGGUCUUCCAACUGGAUACUGGUGUUCGAGUGGAGGUUGUAUGUCGAAGUCUUUUUGAUGGCGACCAUGCCGUUCAGAUAAUUGGGGGCAUGUCCUUGAAUGCACUUAAAACAGAGCAUAGCAACUUGAAAUUGAUUCUAAACUUAAUCGGCAGCCAGUGAAGACGUAUAAAUGACGAUGUGACGUUCUCAUGUCUUGGCAAUGAGCACACCAAUUGGACUGCCGUGUUUUGCACCCGUUGGAGCUUGCUAAGGUUCGUAGUGGCAACAUGCACCAUACAAUAGGCUAUUGCAAUAGUCUAUUCUCGACAUCACUAAGGCCUGAACAACCAACUUUCUAUCUUCAAAGCUAAGAAAUCUUUUAUUGUGCCCAAUAUUAUGCAGAUGAUAAAGUCCCGAUUAACAAGUCUUGUUGAUGGCGGUUUUCAUGCUCAGAUGGUUGUCAAACCACGUCAUUCAGUUCCGAAUGUUGCAUACUGCAGACGCUUUCACGUGAUCAAUACUGAGCUCUGAUAUGCUUAUCUUGUCCAUUUGCGCGCGGGUUCCGAUUACCAUUAAUUCCGUUUUGUCAGCCAUCAUCCAAGUCUUGAUGUUUAGAAUACAAUCUUGUAAUAUGCAGUUACCGCUUCCAAUUCACUCGUGUGGAACCAGGCUUAAAUGAGAUAUAUAACUGGUUAUCAUCUGCGUGAGCAUGAACAUCUGGGAGGUGGCGUUUCACUACCUCAAAUAGCUCGCUGGCAUAAUUAAAUUGUAAAAAGCAGCGACCCCACACAUGAACCCUGCAGUACACCAUGAGGUAGAGAGAAAUCCUCUGAGAAGCUCCCAUUAAGUAACACACGAUGUGAUCUACCAGAAGGUAGGAUCUGAACCAUUGAAGUGCAGUGUACAAUUCAUUUCCUUUUUCAAUGUAACAAAUACUCAGUACAGAGACAGGCCUUUAUUAAUCAAAUCAAUCGAAUAAUACCUGUCACUUUGACAAGAAAUCAUCUCCAGAAAGCAUUAAAAACUGAUAAUGAAUUCAAAGGAACAUCAUGUAAAUAAGUUAGUUAUGAAGUUUGUUUAAUUUUCCUCCUGUAUGAAAAUACGUGAUUCAUUGUUAGUAAUGUAACUGAAUUUUUCUAGAUUAUUAUUAGUGUACUGUUUGUUCUAUAUUUUGAUUGUCAUAUGCAUGCUUUUGCAAUACUACUGUAAAAUGAUGCGGUCAUGCAAAUAAAGCAAUUUAUUACUAUUACUAUUACAAUUUUAUAUAAUUACCACAAGUUAUCUCAAGACAAAAAACGGAGAAGUACUUCAUUAUGAUCUACAAGUGUCAAAUGCUGAACUCAAGUCUAACAGUACUAGUAUAAAAAAAAAGUAUUAUAGAGUGAUCCUUUGGUGAUCUGUGUUAAGCAAGAUGUCAUUGUGUACCUUAAGGAGGGCCAUCUCCGUGCUAUGGCCUGCUAAAUAGGCUGACUGGAGCAUUGGGUACAGCUAUGAUCGCACUAAUGCUCUUGGGUUUGGUUGCAUGUACACCGCUCUCUCCAUAAGCUUCAAAAUAAAUUGGAGAUUGCUCACAAAAUGCAAGUCUAAGAUUUGAAAGGGAGGCGCUUUGACAAGGUUUCUUGAGCUGUGGAUCAACUAUAGAGCAGCUUUCCAUGCAUGCAGCUGGAGAGUGUAAUUAUUACAAUAUAUCAGGGCUGCAAUCAUUCUGUAGAAACUGGAAUCUAUCGUUUAUGUUUUCUUGCUCACUACAGACACUUCAGGCUUCAUCUCGUUCCACAUGUUGAACUGUUCAGUGAAGACUUCCAUGCUUACUCUGUGGGAGAGGAUAAUGAGAAGAUAGAAAUUGCAGUUAUUGAUAAAGACAGUUUUUACAAAGGUUAUGAUGAAGGUAUAACCCUGUCUCCCUUUACUCGUGUUUGUGAUUCUCAAUCAAACCUCAUACUGGCACAAAUCUCUAACAUUUCACUCUGGCAUUUUUUCCCCUCAGAAACAACACUGUGUGGGUUAUCAAAAGCUAGAUUUGAACAAAGAUUACUAAUUGUGAAUUUAUAAAAUGAUUUAUAGUUGUAUUACAUGCAAGUUAUUUUUAUUUUAAUCUUCCUUGAUAUACAUGCAAGAAUAGUGUAGUGUCUAUAUUUUAUUGAUCUAUAUAAACAUUAGAAACUUACUGUGAACUAAAAACAUGCAGCUAUGGAAUCUGUAUAGUUUUUGUCUCUCUCUCCUAAUCAUUAAAAUCUAACUCACUCAAUUUUUGCCGUAGAUCUAAGGGCCUAAUAAUUUUCCAAGGUGUUUAAUAUAUUUCACUUUUAUGAUUUAAAGGCGACCCUUUAUCUCAUGUAAGAGCUCAUGUAGAUGAUGGAGUUCUUUCCGCUUCUAUAGACACAAAAGAGGACACAUAUGUCAUUGAGGUAAGAUCUACAUAAUGUGGAAAAAUUAGCCUAGCCACACAUACAUAUUGACUUUUUUCAAAAACACACAACACUAUAAGAGUAAGGCUGUGUAGUGGUGACAGAACUGAGAAUUACUGGGAAAAAAAUGUGACCUUCGAAAAAUUAAGAAAAUUGAGAAAACAGUGUUAUUGGGGCCAUUAACACUGCAGUACGAUUUUAUUGCAAUCAUCCAAUGAGCUUCUAAAAUUUCAUUAAGAGCCGAAAGUGUAAAAUAAUAAAUUUUGUAGUUUUAGUUAUGGUGGCGUGACAGAUGUUAGACAUUAUAUGAUAUGUAAAAUGUCGGACGAACCGCAGUACAUCUCUUCAGAUGUUUUGUUCUCUACUAACGUAUGUCUGUAAGUCUACAGUUCAGGUUAUAUUGAGUAAGAGUACGACUAGGAUUCAUUCAAUAAGAACUUUAUAAGGCAUUACAGUCGACUCCUGGUAACUCAAACCCUCUAUAACUCUAAUCUCCUGCUAACUCGAAGCAAUUUUUAAUUCCCUUCUGAUUAUUUUCUAUAUAAUUGUACCUUUGAUAACUCAAACUUUUUUCCAUUUCCCUUGAAGGUUCGAAUUAUCGGGAGUUGACUGUAUUCCUUCUUUUGGGGACCUCUUGACAACUCCUUGAAGUGCUUGCAUUGAAAAAUUAAAGGAACAACUCCUCUGGCAGUAUGCCAUGAAAGCUGCUUCACUCAUGGGAAAAGCCUAGCUAGGGUGGUGCAGGGGGGAGAUCACUUGUCUUGCACCAUUUUGACCUGGACAAGAAUCAUGAAAGUUCAACUUUGAGUUUGUUGUUGGUUCUCCUCCAGCUUAUUCUGUAUUGGAAGAUGGUGUUCUUGUCUCUGCUUUAGAGAAGACAUUAAAACCUUAGAGUUAUAAAUUCUCACUGCAGGGAGUCUGCACUCCCAAACGCCCCUGUUUUGAGAUAAGUUAUGGGAAGAGGCUGGCGAGCCUGGAAGUGGAAAGGAGUGGGAGCUAAGCUGCAAGAGUGAGCUGUCGGUUGCUAUGGGGAGGAGGGUGGAGUUCACAGCCUUGAUGUCAGGUUCUGUCUCAACUAAGAAAGGAAUAAACAGGAUAAAACAGACCCAUGUAAUUAUACUUAAUUUGGUAAUAUUAUGCACAACUUGUUCCCCAGUGGAUCUGUCAAUGCACAGGAAUUAAAAAAUGCUUGGGUUCCACAAGCUUAGGCGGCAUUUGUGUGCGGAUGACUGACUGCCUCCAGGGAAAGUAGUGUUCUCAAUUUUUAACAUUGCAAUUUUCUUUUACGCUGCUGUAACGACACAGAAAUUAAUACUUCUUUUUUAUUUACUUCUCUGUAAACUUUUCAAAAUCUAAUUUGGUAUAUUUUUUAUGUUUUCUUUUAGGAAAAGGACAUUUAGUUUUUGUGGCCAUGACUCAAAUGAUUCAACUGUGUAUUACAAGAAAGAUGUUGGUAAUUAAGCAUGUUGGUUCCUACUUAAUAAACGUUUGCAAAUCCAGCAAUGCAAUAUGAUCAUGUUUCCUAGUCAUUUAAUUUAAGGUUCAGAUAGUUGUAUGGGGUGAAUCCAAGAGUUAGUGUAGGGGGGUUCAGAUAAACAUGUGAGCAAAUUAAAAGCAGACCACUUCCAUCUGCAAUAAUUGAGACCAAUAUUAUUUUUUUGGUUUUAGCUCCAGAUAUGAGAUCUGGAAGAAAGAGACGUGUCACGUCAACACUGAUAAGGUGUACUUUAGCUUUAGUGGCUGAUUACUCAUUUUUUAAAGAAAUGGGUGGAAGAGACACUAGGCAAUCACUAAAUUAUAUGGUAAGGCCGCUAGUGUAACUAACUUUAAGUAAGUCUCUCAAUGCAGUGCUUGCUGUUAACGUUAUUAUUAGUCACUGAUCCAUCUAGUCCUGAGGAAAUCUUUGUUAGCCUGUCUUGACUUCAUGAUGCAGCAUGGCCUCGCUACAGUUAGAUCUAGCAAACUAGACUUACCGGUAUAUCCCAAAAUUCAUUUUAAUAAAAACCAUAACAAAAUUCUCAAAUCUGAUUGGCUAUCAACUGUUCUGAUUUCAACACUUAUAGGACAGUAUGAUAGGACAGUACACAUCAUGCCUAAGUAAUAAUGGACAGUAUGCGCCAUGCGCACAUGAACUCGAAUGGGUUGUUAUUUUCACUUCUUGAAAAAAUGCCUUCAGAAUAUCCUGUGUCUUUAAUAUUUAAAGCUGAAAAUGUCACAAAUUUUGAACAUUUUACCAGUAUAGUUACAAUUAAUUGGUAACAGAACUUCAUGUCUUCCAAUUCGGUCCGUAAUAGUACUAGUGAUUAAACAAAUUGGACUCCUAGUAGUGAUAGUCAUAGAGGCCUGUCUGGCCCGAGUACCUGUAAUAGUGCCCAGUCUUCUCUCCAGCCUUGUCCAGUCGUGUCGGCUAUUCAGUUUUCAGCAUUGUUCUUUCUGGAACAUUGUAAAGAACAUGUUAAAAGAACAUUUAUGGGAAAACGUGUUUCUGUUUUGAUCUUUUAUAUUUAAAGGGGCUGUGUCACGGCAGUCCAUGCCAGUUCAUUUUGUUUAAUUUUGCCAAUUACUCUCCCUCAAUCGCUAUGGAACUUAAAGUAAACAAAGAAAUCACAUGUAAAUGUCAAAAUCAGGGAUCCGAGACAAACAAAUAUGUCUCCUGAGCAUUUAAAAACUUCAACGUUCGUCGUCCCUAGUUGAAACUUUUUGACAAUCCGACUUGUCAAAAGUUUUUAGGAUUAAAGUUAGGCAAAGUUAGAAGAAGUGUUUUGCCCAUCCGUGACAUCUGUUGUUUCUGUUGUGUUAUUUUAACCUUCCUUUAAUGUUUUAAGCGGUUAUUUUUACGUUUCUCUUCAUUAAACAGGCAUUUUGUAAUUUCCUAAUUUGGCUGAAUUUCGUGACACAGCUUCUUUAAACAUUACAAAUUACUGGUACAAAGUAAUUACCGUUGCAGUACAUGGCUCUGUAUUCUCGAUCCUUGUCUGGUAUUCACAUACAGUACUUUAGGACCUGAAACUGCAGGUGUUUAGAGCAGCAUGUCUUUUCAUUCUACUGUAUGGCUGUCAAACAUGGAUGAUCACCAAAGACAUGGAUAUGACACUAAAUUAAAUGCCUCUGCCACCUCUAAUGCUAUAGGAUCAUGUUGAACAUCAAAUGUCUUGACAAAGUCUCAAAUGAAAGAAUCUACGAUCUCACUGGCACUAGCCCUCUGCCAUCAACAGUAAUCUCACGACAGCUCAAGUUCCUUGGCCACAUUUGGGUGCAUGGAGAAGGAUGCUAACAUUUGACUUUGUAUAAGCUCCCCCCCCCCCCACCACCACGGGAGAAGACCCCCAGGGAGACUGCAUACGUCCUUUUCUUUUUUUGCUCUUAUUUGAAGUUUUUACUGGUCAAGAGGACUAGUGGAUGACCAUUAAGGUCUAGCGCUGAAAUGCUCCAUGAAAUCCAAGUAUGACUCAUCAUUGUCGUUCAACCAGAGAGCAGUCAAUUGAAAGUCGUCUCCAGCUGGCUUGGUCUUGGGCAGUGUGCACGGUGUCAUAAAAAAAAUUGGGUUGAUCCAUUCCUGGACUUGGCUGGAAAGGACUUAUGCAGUCUCCCUGGGAGUCUUUUCCCAUGGUUGGGAGAGACGGGGGGAAGGGGGGGGGGGUGAGCUCAUACAAAGUAAAAUGUUAGCUGGUCCAUCCUUCUCCAUGCACAAAAUGUGGCCAUGCCACAAUAGCUGAGCUGGCUAAUGCCAUUGAGAUCGUAAACUCGGUGAUUUGAGACUUUGUGAAGACAUUUGAUGUUCAACAUGAUCCUACAGCAUGAGGUGGCAAAAGCACUUAGUUUCACAGCCAUGUCUUUGGUGAUUAUCCAUGUUUCACAGCCAAUUACAGUAGAUUGGAAGGACAUGUUGUUUUGAAAACACGCAGUGUCAGGUCCAAAAGUAGUGUCUGUGAAUACCAGAUCUUGUCAGGGCUCCAGAGUGCAGACCAUGCAAGUAUUGAGUAUUUAAUUGAGAUUAUAUGAUACAGUGCAUUUGUAUUUUUUCUGGGUUCUGUCUCUGUAAGUGACUGUUUUCUGUUUUAGAUUGGUGUUGCAGACAGGGUGGACAAAAUUUACUGGGAUACAGAAUGGUCAAGUGAAUACAAAGGAUAUGGUUUUGAAAUUACAGAAGUAAGCAUGCAGAGUUUUAUUUUUCACAUUUUGAUUAGCUAUCAGUGCUCUUACUACACAUAAUACUUACACUGUAUGUACAAGUGAAACGUUUGUCAGAUGAAAUAGGUGAAUCUUUGUUGGCAUCAUUGUUUACAAUGAUUUUUCCUCAUUAGCAUACAACUUAGCUCACACAAGCCGUGGCUGCCGUAUAUCUGAACUAUAUAUAAUUGAAAAAUUGAAAUAUCUGAUUAACUUCAGCAAUUUGUGCAGUUUUCAGCUCCUUCAAGCAUUAAUUGUGGAAGGAAAUAUUAGCCAUCGAAAACUGUGAAAUUACUGGAUAACAAAAAAGUUAGCUAUGUGCCAUUACAUUCUUUGUAUAAUUUCGAGUUUUUAAAAGAGAAUGUCUCUGAAAUUUUUCACUAAUAAUAUUGGGUUCAAAUUUUCAGAGAUGAGAUAACUUACUAAUAAGUGAAACUGUUAUGCUCUUUCAACAUUCAGAGGUUUCAGUUUAUUAGCUUCGUCAGAUAAUGAUGAGCAUAUGUUAAUGAGGCAAAAACUGUAAACAAAGAUUUGCCUAUUCAAUCAUUAUUUACACACAAAUUGAUGAUCACAAAGCAGCUACUACAGGUAAUUGGCAAAAGCUAAUUGAUAUUGAAUGGUAUUGACUAAUCUAUGGCUGAUUGGUAGUCUAUUUUGCUACAUUGAUUGAUGUAGUGUUGACAAUUUUGUUAGUAAUAAAAUAUAACUUGAAAUGUGAUGUGAGAAGGAUGUUUAUCAGCCUUUACAUUUGUUAAGGUGACUGUUCACACUGAACCAGGACCCGAUGAUCACUACAAUAUGGAACGUCCUGACAUCUGGCCGAUCAAAGAGCUUUUAAGAGUAAGUCAGAAUAAAUAGAAUAAUUAUAUUCACUUUUAAUUACCUUCUCGACAAUUAAGUUGUGACCAGGAUUUACUAGUUAAAUUAUGGAAAAUUAUUCAUUUUCUUCAGACAUUCAGUAAAGAGGAUUGGAGGAAAUACUGUUUGGCACACCUGUUUACUUACCAAGACUUCGCUGAUGGCGUUAUUGGAUUAGCUUAUGUUGGUAACCCUAAACGAAAUGCUGUAGGAGGAAUCUGUACUGAAAGUAAUUAUUACAAGCUCUACUCAUCUAUUUCUUCUGUUGCUACUUCUAAUUUUCCUUCUUUCAUCCCAGCCCAUCUGAGGCCCAUGCCUCCCCUCAUCAUGCCACCCCAUCCUUACAAUACACCUUGCAGUGAAUGCAUUUCUUCUAGAGAGACUUUAAUUCAAACACAAAAAAUUUGCUCAUUUUAUUGUUCAUGCAUUUGAGAACUUUUCUGGUAUAGGGAAAGGCGUUUAGUUUCAAUGUUAUAAUACCUACACAUCAAGAACUUUUGUCACAGAAUCCAGAAGCUUUUGAAAAUACUAGAACAAUGAAGGAUGUCAUGACCAAACCAGUUUGGUAUAUUGUAACUUGUUAGACAAGAUGUUACAAAUUGUUGUUCAAUAUUUUGACCUUAAUUAAGGAAUUACUAAACUUGUAGUUAUUUGUAGCUUUUCCACGAUGACUCAUUAUAUUAUAAGAACCUAAACCCAGCGAUUAAAGGUCGUAGAAUAACUGCAAGUUUCGUAUUUCUUCAUACAUGAGUAUAAUAGUCAAAAUGAUUAUUAUACAGCACUUUGUAACAUCUUGUCUUACCAGUCACCAAACUGGUUUCUGUAAUGGAAACCUUUCUUGGACUACAACCUGUUCUGAGUAUCUUGAAUUUUGUAACCAGAACUUACUUUCAAAUUACGUGCUUUCCAGGAUACUUUACAAACAACACGUGGUUGUACCCUAACACCGGAUUGAGUAGCAGUAUCAAUUGGGGCAGAAGACUGCUCACAGGAGAAGCAGACAUUGUCACUGCCCAUCGUACGUAUGUUAUGACUCCUGUUUAACACAGAGAUCUUUAGAUUCUUAGGACGACUGCGAGAACGAGAUUUUCUCAAUAGUAGUUGGAUUUUACUAAUAAGAAUUAUCCAGGGGACUUGAGCCAAUCAGGAGCGGGAAAUAUUUUGAAUAAAUGAUAAUGAGCUUAAGUAAAAUCCAACUAGUGAUCUAUUAUCAAUGCUGCUCUCUGAUUGGUUGAGCUACUACUAGGCUAUAUGUUAUAGCCCACUAGUAGCGAAAAGCGCCGGCUUUGAAAACCAGAAAAUGGCGGCUGAAUCGCGUUUUGCUAGCUAAAGUUGUUUUGUCUCGAUAUGUACAUUACCAUAAUUAUCUUACGAAGAUAUGCAAGAAUACAGAAGUAGUAUAAUCCUACAGGUGAUUGUAGUCCUGAAUAGGAUUGUAAACCUGUAGAGACUGAUGUUUUGACAACCCCGUUUGCAGCACUGGGCUCAUCUUCAUAGUCAAAGCGAUGUCACUUUGCAUUUAAUUGUUAUGUGUUUUACUCAGUUUUUAAAACCUGCUAACAAUGUUCUCUCUUUCUCCAUCAUUCACUUGUAACUUGAAAAAAAUGGAACUGGAUUGCAAUAAGAAAUUGGUAAGUUGCUUGGUUAUUUCCUCUUCUUUUGAAACAAGACAUUUUCUACUUUUAUAUACAAAGGAUUGUGCAUCGCCAUGAAACUCUGUCUUAGGGAUCAAAUGAGGAAACAGCAGACAUUUUGCGACACCACUACGUUUCUCCACAAAAUGACGUCUCAGAAACGAGUGCAGAAAUUUCAUACUGAUGACGUGAGUGAUGGGUCUAGACCCAUAUGACACGUCGCCAGUAUGGAAUUUCGCGGGGACACCAAAGGUAGCGUCGCGAAAUGUUUACGAUGUUUGUCUUCUUUCAGGACACAAUUUUGGCAGUGAACACGAUCCGGAUACUCUGGAAUGUGCACCGGCAGAUAAUCAGAAAGAUGGAGGAAAAUACAUCAUGUAUCCUGCUUCUGUUAGUGGGCAGCUGCGCAAUAACAAGGUAAUGUAACUUAGGUUUUGGUAUUAGAUGCAGUUAACACUUAACAAGGGUGACCAACAUCAAUGUUAUCCUAAUAAUGUCGAUACAUAAUCAAGAAAAAAAGUGAUGACAAUUACUUAAAUGAUCACUAAGGGGAAAUUCUUUGAUCUUAAUUUUAGCAAAUUCUCUUAACUUUUUCUUGAAGGAAAUGUAUAAUUAUUCUCUAAAAACUCCCACCAACUUAUAUUGUAAAACUAGCUGUGUUGUGUAAAGUAUUCUGUAAAAUUUUGUAACAUUUUGCAUUCCGAUAGUGAAUACCAUAUUGCUUCUGUUUUUUCUAAUGUCUGUUUGCCUACGCCCUCUCUGGAAAUCAGCUUUUGUUGUGUGUGGCUAGCGUAGUUAAAUAAAUAUGUUGUUGUCAUUGUUGUGGUAAAGAUCAGUCUGGAGUGUUUAUUUGGGGCUUGAAGGGUAACUGUUCUCCUAGUGACCACUCUGGUGAAAUUCCAUUCUGUUACCAGGGUUCACUCAGGCAUGAAAAGUCCUUGAAUUGUAGGGAAGUCCUUGAAAAGUCCUUAAAUUCCUUUGCAAGUCCGUAAAUGUUCUUCAACUUUGAAUGUAGUUGCCUGAAAAGUGUUUUUGGCGCUUUUUGAUCGUCCAAGACAGAAUAUAAAUCAUAGCUCAGAGAAGUUAAACGUGAUUUACAUAAAGCGUUUUUUUAAAAUGCAAUAAUUAACUAUCAUUAUAAAACAAGUGAACUGAAAAAUGUUGACAAGUUGGUGGAGCAAACAGUUCAAGCCUUACAAUAAUGUUAGAAUGAACUGGGAAUGUGCAUUUUUGUACGAUGUGUGAAAUGUAGGUGGUCCUUGAAAAUUGAAUGUGCUUCUUGAAAGAUCCUCACGCUUGACAAGUCCUUAAAAAAUGGCUGCAAUUUCUUGUAUGAACCCGUGUGACUAAAGCUCUGUAAUGGAAAGCUCUCGUAAUCGUUUGUUCUGAGAGCGAUGCUUAUCUUCCUUUUCAUCGCCUAUAUGCCCUUCCAUAUAAAAAAAAAAACAGCUACGCGUAAAAAAAUAGUCGAUAGUUACCUAACCGGCAAUGACUUAUCGCCCCUUGCGUGCAGACAGGAAUGCCCUGCGCUGGCAGUAACAUAAGUUCUAAAUAGUUUUGUAAGCUAUUAUAUAGUUUUUAAGCAAAUUAACAACUCACUGGUAAUAUACUAUACUUGAACUGUGAAAGUUACAUCCUCGUUAGCUUUCAAGUACUCUACUAGGCCUUUACAAAUUUUCCUCGUUUGACCGUGGUAAAGAUUGUUGCGUUUCUUCCUGACUUUUGUAUACCGAUUGUUAAAAAUGGUAACGAUUUCUUGCUUUUAUUUUGCUUUUCUAGGUUUUUUCUCCAUGCAGCAGGCGUAGAAUUCUCGAGGUUUUGAAAUCCAAGUCAGAAUUUUGUUUCACAGGUAAAGACGUAUGUUCAGAUCAGACCAGAUUGGAAGCGGCAGUAAUAAUUUUGUUGUAAAUAUUUCAAGCCUCUCGUGUGGAUAUUUGUUCCGAGAUAACUCCGAUUUUGUAAGCAAAAUCCUUAAGGCUGUAUUUUCCGUUAUUUUGUUUGAUAGUGAUAGUGAAUUUUAAGCCGGGUGAAUACAUGAGAAGGAUGUUUUUUUCAGUCAGCUGUGACACAGACAGCUUGGAAGAAAAAAUCCGAGUACUCCCUAUAGAAUCGAACUUAUGACCCUUUGGUUACUAAUUCAAAUGCUCCUACGACUAAGCUAAAGAAAACUCGUGGGAGCUUAUGCCACCAAACUCUUUUCAACAUACUUCUAGGACUAGUAAUGUCGAUAUGUGCUUAUUUUUCUUUGUUUAGAACCAAGAACUGAGACCUGUGGUAACUACAAGUUAGAAGAAGGAGAGGAAUGUGAUCCAGGAGGUAUUGUACCGGAAGACAGUUUGUGCUGCACUAAGGAAUGCAAGCUUAAGAAGGGUGCCUUAUGCAGGUGACUACCAGCUUCCUUCUUCCCCUUUCUAACUAGCUUCCCACAUAGCCUGCGUAGCAGGCGCUUGGAAGUAGUGGGCACGAGAAAAAACGGGCGUGCGAGAAGGAGACACGCGACACCCCUCGCUUGUCUCCCUCGCGCGCGCCCGUUCUUUCCUUCGCCCACUACUUCCAAGCGCCUGGUACGCAGCCUCCCUCCCACAGAGAUGUUCUUGGGGCUUCGUGGCGCGUUCUUGCGCCAUCAACUUUCGUUCAGCAAAUUUAACCACCUAGAUAUUUUUUUAAUGAGGUUGUAGCCUCUAGCACGGAGGCGGGUGAGUUGUGAAAAGGACUUUUUCGGGGAAAGGACGUCGUUCUACAAUGACUUGUGACAAGAUGAUGGUUUCGAAAUUCACAAAAAUCGAGUCUUAAUCUACUUUUUUAAUGGGGCAAAAUUUAUCGUUUUAGAGAGUUAACUGAGGAGUUUGUUGUAAGAAAUUUAAUGGCUUCUCCCUUUAUUAGACACCGUUUCUGAUCUUUCUCAGUCCCAGUCUCUCUUUAGUCCCGCGCUAAAUUACUCAAGGUCAAAAUUACACUUUCGAGUUUUGGAAGUGCUAUGGUUGGUCUGCUUUUUAACCGAAAUUCAGUUCCCACAGCUGGAAGCACUCCUUGUUUUAUAUUUGUGGCUGACUCGCUGUGCUAUAAAAUAAAGUUCUCCUGUUCGUGGGACAGAAACGCUUGACGAAGCCUUAAGCCUGACGUUUGCGUGGAAGGCUACUUCCUACAAAGCUUCUUUAUAUUUUUCGUUUUUUUAGUUCUUUCUUUUUCAAUCUUUCUUCCCUGACUUUAUGACCCUUUCUCGGGCCUCCCUCUUCUUUCCCUCUCUCUUCUCUUUGUUAAGUUCCUUCCUGUAUUCAAGUUUCCUUUUUUUUUCUUGUCACUGCCGAGUGUGUGUAUUUUCUAAUGACUGACAUAAGUUUCCAUCCCCCGGGGGAAUCCUUUGUACUUUGUUUUGAUCCUAUCUGAAAACCCCCUCGUACGAAAACUGACCAGUAACAUUAAAAGGUAAAAUAAAAUGUAAUCUCUCGACCGUUUAUCUUUCUCUUCAGUGAUGGCUACGACUGGCCGUGCUGUAAAAACUGCACUUAUAAAACCACUAUGGGCCAGAGUUGUCGCAUUGCUGACAAGACAACUUGUAGCGCAGAAACGUUGUGUGAUGGUAACAGUCCCUCUUGUCCUAAUGCACCACCCAUGAGUGACGGGACACCUUGUAUUGAUAGGUUAGUUUUAUCUGUAGAUUUAUCUGCGAUGCUGACGCGUCAACUUGAAGCGUCGAGACAUUUUGUGAUAGUAACAGUCUCUCUUGUCCUGAAGCCUCACCCAUGAGUGACGGAACACCUUGUGUUGAUAGGUUAGUCUUGUCUCUAUGGAUAUCUGGUGUCCAGAUUGUCUGGGUUAUUUUUCUUUUCUUCCGUCCAUGCCUUUCCCACUACAAGGGAUACAAAGGAGAGAGAUCUGAGACUGGAUGCUACCCUCGCUCCUCAAACGGGGUAUCUCUAGAAUUUUGUCAAGGAUACUGAUAGGGAGCUUAAGCAACAAAAAUGGCGACGGCAACAGAAAUGAAAAUUGAAUUCGCGCUGCCUCAAACUUUGUCGCGCUUAUUCUGUCUCGUUUAAUUCGACAAAUGUUGGCAAAUGUUUUCGGAGUUUAAUUCUAAAGCCUGUAUCAAAGUUUAAGAAAAGAAAAGAGAAAGUAGUUUUCUUGUGUUCCUGUCCUCGAAAAAACGUGAAAUUAGGCACUUUCACGUUGUAGUCGUGCAACGACGACAAAGAAAUGUACAAAAAAGCGUGAUGCACGUGCAAAGUUGUUGUUUUGCUAAUCCAAGGGCUUGGUCAUGGAGGUGGGGGACCCCAGGUACGUGAGGUAACCCGCUUUGGUAGGGUAAACCGCCUGUUCAUUAGUAUAAUCUCUCAUUUUAAUUUGAUCAUGUUUACAGAUAGGUGGGGUGAGUGAGUGAGUGAGUGAGUGACUGAAACGUUUAUUUACCCACGGUAAUUUCAUCAAAUAACUUUACAAUAAAGUAUCUGUUCUACCUAAUAGCUGUGCAUUAAUUAAUUUACAUAAAGAUACAGAUAUAUAUCUAAAACUAAACCAAGAAAGGAUCGCACACAAUAUUAAACCUUAUAAUAAAACUGAAAUUAAGAUGCUUGUGUAGAUAGUGUAUACGACCUGAUCUUAGCCUUAAAUUGUUUAAAAGAAGUAUCUUCCUUUAAAUACCAGAAGGUGACCCGUCACAUGUUACCUCACCUAUCUUGAGUCCCCCACCUCCAUGUAAACAGGCCCUAAACCUAUUGCUUUUUUGCCGUUCUCGUUGCCGUCGCCGUCGUCGUUGCUUGAGCUCCCUAACAAUUCAUAGGUACUCAAACCGUUGGACAAAGUUCCCCCACCCCCCACCCCCUUUAAACAACAAAAGAAAGACACCAAUUCAUUUCUCAAGUUAUGAGCAAAUACUUAUUGAUUUCCUCUGCAAACUGUUUUCGAAUAAAGCAGUUACACGAGAGGACUUCCUUUUUACCCGUUCGCUUUCAAUGAAACCUCUCAACAGAUUUUUGUUUUACUUUAGUAUUUUCGAGAAUGGUCAAGUUUUGCUAUGACAUUUAUACCUUCCUUUCUUGCUUUAAGCUCAGGUUUUUGAUUCCACGCAGUUUGGUUUUCACUUCCCAGUGUCUGAAGUUUGAAAAAUUUCGUGCCACAGCUCUUUUAAUCUUUAUUUUGCUUUUUUCUAAGGGGAGAAUGCAGAGGUGGCGAAUGCAAAACGUUUUGCGAAGCGAAGGGUCUGCAGCCUUGUAAGUGUUCAAGUGAUGAAGACGCCUGUAAAGUUUGCUGUCAACAAGUAGAUACUUGUAUACCCUACAGAACUAACGACACUGGUGGUACGCUCAAUAUCUUUGACGGUCGGCCUUGUCAAGGAGAAGAAGCACAGGGCACCUGUGUUCAGGUAAAG